AAAGAAUCCCUUGAACUGUGACGAGUUAAUAUGGACAACAGAAGAAGACAGAGUUGUAGUUAAAGACAGAUUUUACAUAAGGGAUAAUAAAAGAAGGAACUACUUCUAUGUGUACAUCAGUGACCUCAGGAGAACCGACUCUGGAACGUAUUGGUGCGGAUCUGGUAAAACAAUGACAAAUGCUGAAUACACCAAAAUAUACCUUUCUAUCACUGAAAGACACACUCAAACCAAAAAAUCAGUCAGUUUACGUUUGAAGAGAGAAAACGACAUCGAAAAUCAGCAUUUAGGCCUGCCUAUUGGUAUUGGAGUGGGUGUGGGAUCAUUAGUGGUGAUUGCUGUGGUUGUGCUAAUACUAUACAGAUGUAAAGUCCUCAGAAUGUCAGAAACUGCUGCUGAGGGGUCAUCAGAGCUGAGGACAAAGUCUGGACAUAACACAGAGGGAAAUACUGGAGAUCAUCAAUAUGAAGAGAUUAAUGUACGGAGACAGCAAGAGAGCUCACUGCCAUCUGUUUGUGCUGUUACCAGCCCUCCUCCAGACCUGGUCUACCAUGCUAAUGUUGAUUUUCAGAAGGAUACCAAUGUCAAUCUUCCUGCAGACAUAGUCCACUAUGCCACUGUGGAUUUCCAAAAAGAUGGAAGAAUGCUUCCUGUCACUAGUGAAAACGGCUCUACUCCCAUGGGACAAGACAUCAUCAAUCCUUCUGCAGACAUAGUUCAGUAUACCACUGUGGGUUUCCACACUGAUGGAAAAACACUUCCUGACACUAAGAAAAAUAGCUCCGCUGGCACGGGACAUAGUGCUACCAGCAAUCAAGCACCUGAGACAACUCUCUAUUCAACUGUUAUAAGACAAGGGGAGCAAUAAUAUAGUAAUGCUGUGAAGGAGCUGAAUAUUCUCUAUGCAUAGAUACUAUCUGUAAUCUUAAAAUAAUAGGAAAAA